UUAUAUUCCUUUUUAAACUUUCCUGCAAAUGAACAGAUCAGGUAAUUAUAAAAUCAACAGAAACAGAGUAAAAAAUGAGAUUGAAAAGAAGACCGUCGAUGUUACAGUUGAACCAGAGCACACCGUUUAAAGACAACAACAACAAUAACGAAGAGAGAAGCAUUUUCACGUUUCCAGUUCCCAAAAAGAUACAUAGACACCAAACCAAGAAAAACAUCAUCUCUAUAUCUGUUUCUUUCUGCGUCACUUUCAGUUCUUCCACACUCCACUGCCCAAUAACACAACCGUACCCAAUUCUUAAUGUUUUUAGCAUAAACUCCUUACUCUUCAAUUUCUAUGUAUUGGGCUUUGCUUAUUUAGAGGAAUUCACUUGUGAAGAAACGAAGAAAAAGGACAUGGCUUUUGAUCUGGAGUCCCUGACGGAUGCAACAUCCGGAGCUAUUGCUUCUCUAGUUAGCACCACUAUCUUGUAUCCUCUUGAUACCUGCAAAACUAAAUAUCAAGCUGAGCUUAGUGCUAAACAUCAAAGGAAGUAUAGGAAUGUUUCUGAUGUUUUCUGGGAGGCACUUUCUACUGGUCGCGUUCUUUCAUUGUACCAGGGCCUUGGAACAAAGAAUCUUCAGUCCUUCAUUUCCUCAUUUAUAUAUUUCUAUGAGUAUAGCCUUUUUAGGCGCUGGUACUUAGAGAAAACGGGGAACAAAAGGAUUGGAACUAAGGCGAACUUGAUAGUUGCUGCUGCUGCUGGUGCUUGUACUGUCAUAGUGACUCAGCCUCUGGAUACAGCAGCCUCAAGGAUGCAAACAAGUGCAUUUGGGAAAUCCAAAGGACUUUGGGAAACUCUUUCCGAGGGCACCUGGAGUGAGGCUUUUGAUGGUCUUGGCAUAUCAAUUCUUCUGACAUCAAAUCCAGCCAUUCAGUACACUGCAUUUGAUCAGUUGAAACAACGACUGUUGAAGCAGCAGCUCAGCAGAAAAUCUGUUACAGAUUUGUCUCCAGAAUCUCUUUCUGCCUUUUCUGCUUUUGUUUUGGGUGCAGUUUCAAAGUGUUUUGCAACAUGCAUCACAUACCCAGCUAUUAGAUGUAAGGUGAUGCUUCAGGCUGCGGAUUCAGAUGAAAAUGGGAUUGGGGAUACUGAACUGAGAACAAAGAGGACAAUUUCAGCUGCAAUGCGUGCCAUCUGGAAAAGGGAAGGCUUGUGGGGUUUCUUCAAAGGAUUGCCAGCCCAAAACCUGAAAACUAUAUUAAGCUCGGCUUUACUUCUGAUGAUAAAAGAGAAGCUUGCAAAGACUACUUGGGUCCUAAUCCUUGCACUUAGAAAGUAUCUGGUAAGCACACAUACCAGACUAAAGAGUGUGUAAUAGCAAUAAGAAUCAAAUACAUUGUAAAUGAAUAGGCUCCUCCAAAUAUGCCCAUCUUGGAAGGGAAUAUUGUUGCAGAUGCAGUAAAAUACACUGGAUGCUAGAUGAUUGAAAAGUGGAAACGAUGUUAUGUUUCGCAGGGAGGAAAAUUGAAUUCGUAGCAAAAAGGGAAUCUAAACUAUUGCUAUUCUCUUUCUAUAAAUCAAUAAUGUAUAAUGGAUGAUGAAUAACUUGUGUAUUCACAUUGACGUAAAAGAACUGACAUUGUUUUUCUCA